AGGAUAUUUUAUUUAGGAAGGGGCUGUUCUUCCGGUGCUGGGAGGAGACGGAAGGUUGGGCUCAUCAUGUAUAGAUUUUAUUAUUACAGACAGAGAGAAUCCGUGGAGCUGCUGUAGCUGCUUGGAAGAGACGUCUCCUGCUGCCAUCUGCUCCACCACAUCUGCUGCUGCUGGGACAUGGCUCGCCUGCGAUGGAAGCUGCCCUGGUGUCUCACGCUCCUGCUGGUCUCCGGGGCGCUCUGCGCUCAGGCCACCAGGAACCGGGGCCAUGAGAAGCAGAACAACUCCUUCCGCAAAGCAGCCACCGGCUUCUACCAGACCAUGAGUAAUACAUUCGGCGAGGACAACGUGAGAGCGGUGCAGAAGUUCUUUUCACGACUGACAGAGAGGUUUGUGUAUGGAGUAGAUGUCUUGGUUGACACACUAUGGAGAAUAUGGACUGAUCUCUUGGAUGUACUUGGAAUGGAUGCAUCGAACCUCACUCACUACUUUAAUCCAACAGCAGUUGCCAGUAACCCCACCAGGGCACUCAUGUUGGUGGUGGCUGUUCUGCUGGCCUAUUGGUUUGCUUCUCUUUUCCUGGGAUUUUUUUUCUACAUUUUGCAUGUUGUCUUUGGACGGUUCUUCUGGCUGGUCAGAGUCUCCCUGUUUGCACUGUCCUGCAUUUAUAUCCUGCAGAAAUAUGAAGGUGAACCGGAACAUGCUAUGCUACCUCUUUGUUUUGUGGUAGCAAUUUAUUUUAUGACCGGGCCUGUCGGAAUUUACUGGAGGAGGAACAGCAGCAACAACAACCUAGAAGAAAAGAUCGACCAUCUAGACAAUCAAAUAAGACUAUUAAAUAUUCGUCUUACAAGAGUCAUAGAAAGUCUGGAUAGAGCCAAUGAUCAGUAAUCCUCUAGUGUUCAACAGUCUACACCAGCUCCCUUUAGCACAUAAAGCACUCUUGUUCUUAAAACAGAUCUUUUAAAGUUUGAUCUGUAAUGUAAUUGGAUCAAGGAAUUCUUUUCUAAACAUGAAACCUCUAAUGUAAUGUGAUUGCAGUAGGUCAAAACAAAUCCUAUUUUAAAAAAAUAAUGUUGAGAUUUACAGUAAACCCUUCAGCUAUUUUUGGUCUUAAAUCAAUAA